CGGAGGGCGAGGAAGGCGCGCCGCUCGUUGCCACGCGUUUCGACUCUUCCUCUUCUCCAUCGCCUUUCGCUCUUUCUUGUUCAAUAUCUUUGCCGCUUUCAUCUUCUCUUGUUGCUGCUACUAUUUAUGCAGUAGCUCUGCUUAUUCUCUAUAUUCUUCUCUUUCUCUUCUACUCACCUCGUCUAUCUCUAUCCUAUCCUAUCCGCCCGCCCGCUCGCUACUAUCCUAUCUAUCAUAUCCACCAUGGCCGUCCACACCCUCAGGAAACCCUGGGCUGUCCCCCUCGUCGUCCUCGGCCUCAUCGUCUUCAUCGGCAUCGUCAUCACCUUCGACUACAUCGUCCUCCUCUUCGACCCCGCCACAGACAAUGCCAUCGACUUCGAGGUCCCCUCCUUCGACAAAGCCACCGGCAAAUACUCCACCUCAAACCCUCAGCUCAUCCCCAAGAUCCUCCACCAGACCUGGAAGAACGAGACCGUCCCCGAGCAAUGGAAGACCGCCCAGGCCUCCUGCCUCGACCUGCACCCCGAUUUUGAAUACAAACUAUGGACCGACGCCAGCUCGCGCGAUUUUAUCGAGCAGGAAUACCCGUGGUUCUUGGAAACAUUCGAUAGCUACCCGUUCCCAAUCAUGCGCGCCGACGCUAUUCGUUAUUUCGUCUUGAACCAUUUCGGUGGCAUCUAUAUCGACCUAGAUGAGGGCUGUGUCUCUCGUCUCGACCCUCUUCUUACCUACCCUGCCUGGGUUCGCAAGGCCGAUCCCACCGGUAUCUCAAACUCAGUCAUGGGCUCCACCCCUCACCACCCGUUCUUCAUGCGCGUCAUGCUCGAGCUCAAAAACUACGACUUCCAGUGGGGAGUGCCCUACAUCACCGUCAUGUACGCCACUGGCCCUCUCUUCCUCUCCGUCAUCUGGAAGCAAUUCAAGCGAUGGGCUGUCACCGACUCUGAGCAGCUCUGGAUCCUCAUGCCCGCCGAGCCCGGUGCCUCCUACUUCAACGACCUCCACGGCUCAAGCUGGCACGAGGAUGACGCCAAGUGGAUCAAGUACCUCGGCCUGCACUGGCUCUUCUUCACCAUUAUUGGCUUCAUGAUCGCCGCCGUCUUUGGAUUCACCUCCUACCUCGUCAUGCGACGAAUCUACUACCCAAGAGUGGCCAUGAAAUACAAGUAUCUCGGCCAGGAGUAGUCUCCUCUAUACUUUUACCUUUCAUCUUUACAUUCGAGGAGUUUCCGUUUAUUUCUAUUUUCAACUUUUUUCUUCUCAAUUUUCUCUCUGUUUU